CAUCUGCGCUGCUGCAGGGCCCAGCCCGGCCGCCCGGGUGGGGCGGAGUCAACGCGCGGCCACGUCAGCGUCAGCGCGUGCUGGGCUGGGCGGCCGGGGAUGGCGGCGUCGCUCGGGGCUGAAGUGGGCAUUGAAGUGGGCAUUCGGGCGGCGCUGUUUGUGGCCUUCCUGGUGACCGAGCUGCUCCCGCCCUUCCAGCGGCGGAUCCAGCCGGAGGAGAUGUGGCUGUACCGGAACCCGUACGUGGAAGCCGAGUACUUCCCCGCCAAGCCGAUGUUUGUCAUUGCGUUCCUCUCUCCGCUGUCUCUGAUCCUCCUGGCCAGAUUUCUCAAGAAGGCAGACGCGGCAGACAGCAGACAGGCCUCCCUGGCCGCCAGCCUCGCCCUGGCUCUGAACGGGGUCCUCACCAACACCGUAAAACUCAUAGUGGGACGGCCACGGCCAGACUUCUUCUACCGCUGCUACCCGGACGGGCUGGCCCGCGUGGAGUUGAUGUGCACGGGGGACGAGGCGGUGGUGAACGAGGGCCGGAAGAGCUUCCCCAGCGGACAUUCAUCCUUUGCAUUUGCUGGUCUGGCCUUUGCGUCCUUCUACCUGGCGGGAAAGUUACACUGCUUCACGCCCCAAGGCCGCGGGAAGUCGUGGCGGCUCUGUGCCUUUCUGUCCCCUCUGCUUUUUGCAGCUGUGAUUGCACUGUCCCGAAUCUGUGACUACAAGCAUCACUGGCAAGACGUGCUAGUCGGGUCCAUGAUGGGCACGACGUUGGCCUACAUGUGCUACAGGCAGUACUACCCUCCUCUCACAGACGCCGAAUGCCACAAACCAUUCCAAGACAGGCAUGUGCUUCACGCCACACAGAGGAAACCUGGUGACUCCUGUUGUUUGGAUAUUUAAAAGCUGAGCCUACCUCAGUGGAAAAUGUCCACCAGUGUUCCGAAGAGGACCGUGCAUCCUUCCGAGGUACCAGAAUGGUAUAGCCACACGUUUUUGGCUCCUUGGUAACACCCCCGCUCCCCGGGAAAGGUGGUGAGCCAUUCAGUGGUGGCCCAGGGACACACUUCCCAGGCCGCAUCCCAGCAUCCAGCGCUUUCCAGUGGAGUUCAGUGCAGCUUUUGGAAGGCUAUAGCUAGAGUUAAUUACCAAAACUUAAUUUCUGCUUCUCAUAAUUCAAAAUCUUAAAAUCUAGGUCAUGACCUUUGCUUCUGUUUACUUCCCCUGGUGACAAUUCCAUCAAGCCUUCAAUAGAAAAAUGUCCAGUUCUGGCUAAUUGACCGUUGCUGUGCAUAUCUUAUCUGAAUCCAGUUAUCUGGUGUUGCUAUUUUGAACAAUGUAGGCACAGACAAUGUGUGAACUGCUAAAAAAAUGGUAAAAAAGAAGACAAUGGUCAAGUGUGGUUUCCGCACUACCAACAGGUGAUUGUUUCUACCUCAUCUACCCUUGUGCUCAGGAGCUCCUCACCCAAAUUCAGCUCUGCCACCUAAGGCAGGAAAGGAAAACGACAGCUAUCAUUAUGUGGAGGACAAAUGAAUUUCUGUCUCUCCUUCACAGGAUACCAUAGGACCUUACAGUUUCCUGUUUCUUGUGAUUAUAUUUUGAAAGACCUUCCUGUAACAUUAUCUUUAAUUCAUUAUCUUCCCUUCAGUAAGCCCACCAGUCAAAUAAAACAGUGACCGUGUGUGUCGUGUCCUUCGCACGCAAUGGACGGCUGGAGAGAAACACCAGCCUGCCGCCUUCCACAGGUGACAGAACUGCAGCCUCCCAGGCUGCUGGCUGAUGUUCACCCCCGCCACGGGUCCCUCUGCUCACCUUAAAACUGCCGAACUUUGCGUUCAGAACAAUCCCCGCCUACGAAAGUAAGAACACUAAUGAAGGGGAAAAAUUGAAAUAUUAGUUCUUUAACCAAAAUUUUAUUUCCUAAGCUUAUUUUAAUAAUAUAUAGGAGAAGAAAAAUAGUUACUGUAUUAGUUCUUUCUAUGAUAGAUGAGGCCAAGUAAAAGUAGGCAACUGAUCAGUACAAUUUUAUUUCCGUAUUUACCAAAGUUUUAAAUAUAAUCAUGUAAAAAACAAA